CAGUCGCACGCCGGCCCCUGCUAGGAGUCGCACCGCCGCGCAUCGCCACGCUCACGACUGACUACUGUGCGCUCGACCUCCGAAAGACGCGCAGCCACGGUGACCGGACCGGGAUGCCCAGCGCCCGCCACUGAGCCAGCCGCACACGGACUCGGGAUGACGCCGCCGCACGUCGCACGCCAGCCGCCGCUCCCGUCAGCGGCGCCACCGCGUCUGCCUCUGCCGUUGCCUCAGGACGAGGCCAAACAGAAGGAAGCCGGCGCCUGCUGUCCUCAGGAUGACGUCCAAGCCAAGCAAGAGGAGCGGCCGCCUCUCAGACCACAGCUGGUGGCGGCGCUGCUGGCGUGCUGGGUGGCGCUGGCGUCGGGCGCGAGCCUGGGCUACGUGACGCCGGCGCUGCCGUCGCUGCAGGCGGCGGGCUCCGGGCUGCAGGUGAGCGACGAGCAGGGCUCGUGGGUGGCGAGCUUGGCGAUGCUGGGCGCGCUGGCGGGCGGCGCGCUGGCCGGGCCGUGCAUCGCCGUGGGCCGCCGCGCCGCGCUCUGGGCCGCCGCCGCGCCGCUCGCGCUCGCCUGGCUGCUCGUCGUCGCCGCCACCGCCGUCUCACACCUCUACGUCGCGCACGUCAUCAUGGGCGUCUGCCUCGGAGUCAUCACCGACGCCGCGCAGGUGUACGUGAGCGAGGCGGCGAGCGCGGAGCGGCGCGGGGCGCUGGGCUGCGUGCCGGUGCUGAUGUUCAACGUGGGCAUCCUGGCCAGCUACCUGGCGGGCGCGUUCCUGGGCUGGCAGCUGCUGGCGGCGUUCGGCGCCGCGCUCACAGCGCCCGCGCUGCUGCUGCCGCUGCUCUUCCCGGAGUCCCCCGGCUUCCUGGUGGCCAAGGGCCGCCUCGACGAGGCCGCGGCCGCCCUGCGCGCGCUGCGCGGGCCCGUCUGGGACAUCCAGCAGGAGCUGCAGGAGCUGGAGCACUGCGAGCGCGCGCCGCCGCUGUGCGCGCGCCUGCGCAGCCUGUGCUGCCGCGAGCGCGGCAAGAAGCACCAGGGCUCGCUGCUGCGGCCGCUGCUGCUCGUGGCCGCGGUGCGCGCGCUCAGCCGCUUCUGCGGCCUGCGCGCCAUCCUCUGCUACACGCAGACCAUCCUCGUCGGCUCCAACUCCAGCGUCGACGUGCCGCUCUCCGUCGUCGCCACCGGCGCCGUCCAACUCGUCGCCACGCUCGUCGCCUGCCUCCUGCUCGACAGGGUCGGCCGCCGGCCGCUGCUCAUCGUCUCUCAGGCGGUGAUGGGGUGCGCGCUGGUGGGUCUGGGGUGCUACUUGUUCUACCGCGACGACGUGGACAACGCGCGCGACACGCUGCUGGGCUGGCUGCCCAUGGCGGCCAUCCUGGUGUACAUCGUUGCCAACUCGAUGGGCUUGGGCCCCGUGUCGGGGCUGGCGCUGGGAGAGCUGGCACCGCAGCGCCACCGCAGCGUCGUCAGCUCGUUCACCGGCGCCCUCUCCUGGCUGUCCGCCUUCGUCAUCACCAAGACCUUCCUGGACCUGCGCUCCUGUCUGCACCUGCACGGCGCCGUCUGGGCCUACGGCGCCGUCUGCUUCGUCGGCGUCGUCUUCGUCUGGCUCUUCGUCCCCGAGACGCGCGCCAUCACACCCUACGAGAUAGAGACGCUCUUCCGCUCCAAGGACGACUCGGACUCUUCUGUGGAGAGCGACAGCAGGGGCGUGGCCAACGGCAUCUUCGUCAUCGAGACCGCCGGGAACCUCCAGACGGUGAUCGUCGACGGAGACAAGAAGACGUCACUCCACUAGACGUCCAGACUGGAAAUCUGUCGCGAGUGCAAUGCGCGGGUCACGAUAUUUGAAAGUACUCUUCGUGCAUCGUGUUUGCAUCCUGUGGCAGACAUUCCUGCAACUCCGCUGUUACCAGCUGUCAGUGCGAGAGACAAUCUCUGACGGUUAUAAUGUUCCUAUGUGUUAUUUUAAAAAUUAACGUCCGUUUCUGCCUCAUCAGUGCAAGUUGCUUGACGCUAACAAGGUUGCGACUCAAGUCCACAAUUGGUCAUCAGAGAGGAUAAAAGCUGCUAUUACCUCACUGACAGUGUGUGGAACAUCGUGCAGUGUGUGUAUUCCUUAACUCCACUACACUCCAACAUAAAUGGAGCUACGGACUCCACUUUAAUGUCCAUUACACUGUACUAACUAAUGAGACUAUGCUAGAAAACAGGUAUUAUACUAUGUUCUGAUAUAUGCAACAUGUUGAAUUUGCAUAUUCAGUGGUCUCAGGCAUACAAAACUUAUUUUAGAUGGAGAUAUUAUAGAAGAACAAUCUUGUUCUGUUGACUGAUAAGCGAUUUAUCAUUAAAAGGCUUGUGGAAGGAACAAGGUCUUCAUGCGAAAUUUAACUUGACGAAGUAUUUCUGAUGAAAUAUGCAGGUUUCUCAUUUCUGUUGCUCCAUCAGACAAUUCUCUGCAGGCGAGGCAUUUAACUUUGUUUUUCAUUUUCGCUGCCUUAUACAAUCAAAAAUUCAACAGCAAAGCAAACUUCAUUUUGUCACAAACAAACGCAUUGCAUGUGCUUACAAACCGUGUGUAGUCCUCCGUCUGUAUGAGAAAAGGAAUACGUAGUUAACAGUCAUCUGUCAGCUUCUGCCGUAUUCCGGUAGAUACCCAUUUUCUUUUCUUCAAGCGUAAUGUGAGACGUUCCCAUUCUAGCCAGAAGUAGCAGAUAACUGAGAAAUGGCGUUCAAAUAAAAUAUCCGCUAUUGGCGUUCGAAUUCCAAGUGUCUCCAUCGUCACUGACAUCAAACUUGAAACUGUUGCUCAUACACCCCAAGCAGCUUCUAAUGAAGCACCCAUAGCUUCAUGGCCCAGGGCUACCUCCGUUUAGAUGGUAUGAGACGACUAGCCGCUGUUUAAAGAUUUCUGUAUUCCUUAUAAAAUGCCAGUCUCCUUUCUCUUCUUUGUAAGUCGCUUGCAUCACACGCAUCUGCUAUUCAGUACUCCACAGAAUGGUUACUCUCAUAUUUCAGAUAUUCCUCACACUGGUGUGUGAUUAAAAGGACAGUCGGCAAUAGCGAGUUAUGAAUAUGGAAGGAAGGAGUAAUGGUUUCUUAACGUACUUGGCCUUGUGAUAUUUUGUUCACCGAAGGAAGUUUUAUUUAUUACGACCUGCGUAAAUUAACACAGCAGCAGGAAGACAAUCGAGGUGAUGCUGUGGCAUGUAAGUUAACAACGUCAGUGUGAUCUCCACCAAGAGCUGCAGCAGGUGGGACACUGAAAACGAUCCUUCCUACGUCUUACAGUGGACUCGGUCUCAGUGUCGGAAACCAGUAGAAGCUGUGAUGUUAGCGGACUUAAUGUGACGUCACAAAGAGGUGCGCUGGAAGCUCCUUGUGCAAAUGAUAUGUGAUACCGGAACUAUGAACUCAUCUAUAACACUGCAGACAUUUUUAAUCAGUUAAGAAUUUAUUCAUUAUUAUACACUGUAUUGUUGUGAUUUCUAUUAAAUAAGUCAAUUAUAUUACAUUAAAAUUUGUUAUAGAAAUUUA